AAGGUAGCAGUCCGACUCUCGCUACGGUGGCCUGAAAGGAGUGGCGAAGGCGGAGCCAUAGAAUUGAUCAUUUCUGGGGCUCACAGUCGUGAUGUCUUUCAAGAGGGAAGGGGAUGAUUGGAGUCAACUCAAUGUGCUCAAAAAACGAAGAGUUGGGGAUCUGCUGGCCAGUUAUAUCCCAGAGGAUGAGGCGCUGAUGCUACGGGAUGGACGCUUUGCUUGUGCCAUAUGUCCCCAUCGACCUGUACUGGACACUCUGGCCAUGCUGACUGCCCACCGUGCAGGCAAGAAACAUCUGUCCAGCCUGCAGCUUUUCUAUGGCAAGAAGCAGCCGGGAAAGGGCAUGGAGCAGAAUCCAAGAGAGCAGAAUGAACUGAGGAGGGAAGAGACCAAAGCGGAGGCUCCUCUGUUAACCCAGACUCGACUUAUCACCCAGAGUGCUCUGCACAGAGCUCCUCACUAUAACAGUUGCUGCCGCCGGAAGUACAGACCAGAAGCCCUUCGUCCCUCUGUCUCUCGUUCCCCUUUGCCACCCCCAGAGGUUGAACCCCAAAGUGGGAAGAUCAGUAGAGAACCUGAGCCUGAGGCUGGCUCACAGACCAAGGAGUCAGCAACUGUCUCAUCCCCUGCACCUAUGAGCCCCACAAGAAGACGGGCCCUGGAUCAUUACCUCACCCUUCGAAGCUCUGGAUGGAUCCCAGAUGGACGAGGUCGAUGGGUAAAAGAUGAAAAUGUUGAGUUUGACUCUGAUGAAGAGGAACCCCCUGAUCUCCCCUUGGACUGACACCCUCUUUCCCCGUUCAGUUCACGAAUAAACUACAGCGGGUGCUGGGAGCCUAACUUUCCUUGAGUCUGGCUCCUUGUUUCAGGAUUU